GUGAGGGUCUCAGCUGGGCCUUUCUUUGCCCUCUAGCACCAGCUCCCCUCCCCAACGCCCCCAGCUGUCCUCUCAGGCCCCCUGCGACAGCUGAAGAGUGUGCGGGGGAGGGGACUGGGGGUCCCGGCGGCACUGGUCACACCCUCGUCGCUCGCAUGCAGGGCCCCCGGUCCCCGCCCUCCCCCUAGAGGCCCGGCACUAUUUUGGGUGGUGUCGACCCCGCCCCCACCUCCAGCCGAGCCCUGGCUCUCCGGCAGCUGGAGGGUCCCUCUGCGCCUGUUGGGGCUGCACCUCGGACCAGGGCCGCCGCCGCCGCGUCUGCAGCCAUGUCGGGCCGCUCGGUGCCACAUGCCCACCCGGCCACUGCCGAGUACGAAUUUGCCAACCCGAGCCGCCUGGGUGAGCAGCGCUUCGGAGAAGGCCUCCUGCCAGAAGAGAUCCUGACCCCCACCCUCUACCAUGGCUACUAUGUCCGGCCCCGGGCAGCCCGAGCCGGGGAGGGGAGCAGGGCAGGGGCCUCUGAGCUUAGGCUCAGUGAGGGCAAGUUCCAGGCAUUUCUGGAUGUGAGCCACUUUACCCCAGAUGAGGUGACCGUGAGGACUGUGGACAACCUGCUGGAGGUGUCUGCCCGCCACCCCCAGCGCCUGGACCGCCAUGGCUUCGUGUCCCGAGAGUUCUGCCGCACCUAUGUCCUGCCUGCUGAUGUCGACCCCUGGCGAGUCCGAGCUGCUCUCUCCCAUGAUGGCAUCCUUAACCUGGAAGCGCCUCGGGGUGGCCGACAUUUGGACACAGAGGUCAAUGAGGUCUACAUCUCCCUGCUCUCUGCACCUCCAGAUCCAGAGGAAGAGGAGGAGGCAGCCAGUGUUGAGCCCUGAUUGCCACAGAUCCAGCACCCAGCUAAUCCCUUUCUACCUCCUGCAGUGAUACCAGCAGCUACCCACCACCCCAGAGGUAGCAGCAUCUGAGGGAAGGGAAAGGUGCAUGGUCCACAGUGUAUGCUUUGGUCCCUUGGGACAUGUCAUAGCCUUUGGUUUAGUUCUGAGUGGGACUGAAUAAACCCAUAUCUCAGGG